CCACCGCACCGCGGCCACCUCCGCUUCGCUCGCCACCACCUUUCCGCGCGCGCGCGCGCCCCACGCACGACACGACCGCGCGCACCGCGCACAGCAACCGCCACCUCCAGCUCCGAUGACCGGCGCCGGCGGCGCCAGGAGAGACGGCGGCGCAGACGGGGACCUCCUGCUCCGGCCGCCGGAGCCGCCGCGUGACCCGCUGGAGUUCCUGUCCCGGUCCUGGAGCGCGUCCGCGGCCGACGUCUCGCGCGCGCUCGCCGCCGCGCCCGCGCCGGCAGUGGCCGCCGGGGCUGGCGCCGCCAUCGCCGAGGACGUUGCCGGGGAGCUCGACUGCGCCGGCGCCGGCGGCGGAGGGCCCGCCUCGGGGAGCUCCUUCUCCUUCGCGUCCGCGGCCACCUCGCAGCUCGUCAUGGACCGGAUCAUGGCGCAAUCGCUGGAAGUGUCGCCGCUGACCUCCGGCCGGCUCUCCCACAGCAGCGGGCCUCUCAACGGCGGCGGCUCGCUCUCCGACAGCCCGCCCGUCUCGCCGGAGAUCGACGACACCAAGUUCUGUAGGCUGUCGAGCACGCCGAAGCCGCAGCCGUACGCCCGGGGCGGCAGCAAGACGGUGGGCCGGUGGCUCAAGGACCGGCGGGAGAAGAAGAAGGAGGAGACGCGCGCGCACAACGCGCAGGUGCACGCCGCCGUGUCCGUGGCGGCGGUGGCCGCGGCCGUCGCCGCCGUGGCAGCCGCCACCGCCGCGGCCUCGUCGGGGUCGUCCGGCAAGGGCGACCGCGGCGCGCGCACCGACAUGGCGGUGGCGUCGGCCGCGACGCUCGUGGCCGCGCAGUGCGCCGAGGCCGCGGAGGCCAUGGGCGCCGAGCGCGAGCUCCUCGCCGCCGCCGUCGGGUCCGCCGUCAGCGUCCGGAACCCCGGCGACGUCGUCACCAUCACGGCCGCCGCCGCCACAGCGUUGCGCGGCGCGGCGACGCUGAAGGCGAGGGCGCUCAAGGAGGUGUGGAACGUGGCGGCGGUGAUCCCCGUGGAGAAGGGCGCGGCGGCCGCCGAAGGCGGAGGCGGAGGGCACCACCAGCACGGCCACAAGGACAGCAGCCAGCUGAAGCACCACCAGAGUGAGCUGGAGAGCAGCAACAGCAGCUGCUGCUGCUUCAGCGACGAGCUCGCGCUGGCCGAGGAGACCAACUUCCUGGGCAUCUGCACGCAGGAGCUGCUGGCCCGCGGCACCGAGCUCCUCAAGCGCACCCGCAAAGGAUCGUUGCAUUGGAAGGUUGUCUCCGUGUACAUCAACCGGAUGGGCGUGGUGAUGCUGAAGAUGAAGAGCCGGCACGUCGGGGGGACCAUCACGAAGAAGAAGAAGAGCGUGGUGGUGGACGUGUGCCGGGACGUGGCGGCGUGGCCGGGGCGGCACCUGCUGGAGGGCGGCGAGCACCGGCGCUACUUCGGCCUCCGGACGGCGGAGCACCGGGUGAUCGAGUUCGAGUGCGGCGGCCAGCGGGAGUACGAGAUGUGGACCAAGGGCGUCGCGCGCCUCCUCACCAUCGCCGACGGCCGGAAGCGCGCCGCCGCCUGACGGCCGUCGUCGAGGCGCGGCGGCGGCUGGUCACAGCGCAGAUGCACAGGGGAGGUCAUGUAGCUAGCUAUUGGGGGUCUCACUCUCAUGCUUGUGGAUUGGUGAGAAGAUGGCAAGCGCUUUGCUCUGACUCUGAUGCUGGGUGUUGGUCUCACUUGCUGACGAACUUUGAUUGGUUGCAGUAGCUGAAUGUUCAGUAGUUCCCAUUGCAGAGCAAAGAUGAGCAUGAUUGAGCACUAACACGCGUCUACAGAGCAAAGAUGAGCUGAAACCGGUUGGAAGGGGGUGUGAAAAUCUGUCGAAACUCAUUAAAAACUGUGAAACUACAGUCUAGCGCUCUCUGGAUA